AUGUCAAUCCCAGACGACACAUCCCCCUAUGCAGCCCUCCCAACAUCCCCCAAACGCGCCGCACAAGACGACCUAGCAACCGAACCCGAAUCCCACCCCCCAGCCACGAAACGGUCCCGUGCAACGAGCCCCUCGCAAGACGACGACGACGAUAGCGAAGCAAAGACGCGAGCUACGACAGCGGCGAUGGCGAAUGCGUCACUGACAGCGGGUGAAGGCGAGUGUGAGGGCGAGCAGGGCGUCGGUGAGGGUUCAGCAGCAGCAGAAGCUCCCGCGGCGCAAACGACACAGACACAGCCCGCGGCAGACGAGACACCAGAGACGACGAUACAGCCUCCUCCGUCUGCGCCAAAGACCAAGACGUGUGGCGUGUGUCACGAAAAAGAGGGAAAAUACAAGUGCACGCGCUGCGCAUUACCAUUCUGCUCCGUCCCGUGCAACAAAACGCACCGCGAGAACCACCCGCCCGAUCCCGAACCGGCGCCGAAACCCCCCUCAGCCGCCAUCGAACCCCCUGCGCCGAGCAGCGCCGCUGCCGCCGCAAGCGACCCGAGGAACCCCUUCAGCGUCCUCGACGACUCAGAUCAGCUCCAGUACCUCUUCCGACGGUACCCGACUCUGCAGGCGCGACUCCUCGAGAUCUUUGCCGCCACGGAGCCGCCGCCGGAACUGCAGUCCACGGGGAGCAGCCUCAACGACAUGAUGAAGGCGCGGGCGCUGGCGGCCGCGAACCCGAAAAAGGAACAGUGGACGCACGACGUCGGGAUCCGCAAGGGGAAGGAGGCGCUGCGGAGGGCAAGGGCCGCCGACGGCGAGGACGGCGAGGGCGUGAGGGAGUAUGUCGAGCUCAUCAAUCACCUCAUGUCGCAGGCGAGCGCGGCGGCAGAGGCAGAAGAGGUGAUUAGGAAACAGGCGGCCGAGAAGGAUGCCGAGCUGAUUAGGCGCCUCAUGACGGAGGACCGCGGGUGA